AUGCCGGCACUGCCUCACACACCAAAGCCAUCCAACCCAGAUGCAGCCGACUCGUCCUGGCUGCUCGACGAGAACCUUUCGCCAGCACUCGUGCAAGGCUCCUUGCGCGAUCUCAACAUCUCCGACUCUCCCGUCAACGGUCCUCUUCGAUCCGGCGCAUCCGCCAAUGCAUCAGCAACCACCGUCUCGGGCAUCAAGAAGCCCAUGAAGUCACGCCCAUCUUGGGGAUCCGCUGCGGUGCUCGACUCGACCACUUCUACCAAAGGCAUGUCGAACAUGCGCCUGCUCGCCGGUCUCGAUGUGAACGACGAGAACAAGCCGCCCAUUUCGCGGCGCGCACCCACCGCUUCAGGCGCUGGUCGACCACGCUUCUCGCUCUUCGCCAAGCCCGGCGUGCCGACCAACCUCGUCCCCAAAAAGACUGCCACCUCCGAGCCGGACGAAGACGACGAUGACGACCUCACCAUCGCCGGCCUGUCCGAUGCCUCUGCACUCGCCCCCACCGCCCUCGACUCGUCCGCCAUCGACGUCGACGAUGAGUACAUCCGCGAGGCUCUCCUCGGCACCCGCUCCUCCGCUCGUCAGUCCAUCGGCGGUCCCACACCCACCGAAUCCAAGGAGUCGCAAGAACAGACCGCACGCCAGCUCACCGAGCUGCGCCGCAUGAAUGACGUCUUCGAAGCCUUCGAGCGCAUGCUCCGCGGCAGCGCGGGCCAGAUCAAUGCCUUUGCCCGACGCGUUCAGGAGACCGACGACUUGCUCAAUAUUUAUAUCGGACUGCUCAGACAGACGGAGAAGACGCAGCAGCUACUGCAGGAUCAGGACUGGAAGGGCACGAGCGAGGAUGCGUCCGCGCAUGCGCUCAGUGUCGCACUGGCAGAGAGGGAGACGCAGCGAUUGCAGGCAGAGGCGGCGGCGAGGGAGGAGGAGGCUCAGCGCGCAGCUGAGGAAGCAGCGAUGCGGGCAGAGGAGGACGAGAGGAGGAGACAGGAUGAUGCGAGGCGCGCCGCGGCGGGAGGCGGGCGUGGAAGAGGUCGCGUUGUGUCGACAGGAACGAGAGGUACAGCGAGGGGUGCGGCUCGAGGUGCGUCUACUGCUGCCACUCGCGGCCGCGCCGUCAGCUCUCGAGCCGCCACCACAACGGACGCAGCUUGCGGCACAGCAUCGACAAGAGGCGCACCCGCUUCGACGCGUGGGCGUUCGGCUUCAGCUACGGGCACUGGCAUCUCGCGCCCAUCAGGCAUCCCUACACGCGCCACCUCGGGCAGCGCCGGUCUCGGCGGCCAGUAUGCCAACGUCAAGAGCUCUGGGUAUGGGCCGCGAUGA